AGGAGGCUGCAGUCGGUCUGUGGGAGCGCGCACUCCACCAAUGACCAGCUGAACGCCCCUCUGCUCCCACACACAUCUCCGGGGGUGGACUGGAGCCCACAAGUUUGACUUUCAGAGCACCAUGGGAUUUGAGCUGGACCGCUUCAAGGGGACCGUGGACCCGGACUUUAAAUGCAACUUGUGCAACAAAGUCCUGGAGGAGCCGCUGACGACUCCGUGCGGGCACGUCUUCUGCUCGGGCUGCGUGCUGCCCUGGGUCGUCCAGCAGAGCAGCUGUCCUGUCAAAUGCCAGCGCAUCUCCGCCAAGGAGCUGAACCACGUCCUGCCGCUCAAGAACCUCAUCCUGAAGCUGGACAUCAAAUGUGACAACCACGCGCGGGGCUGCGACGCGGUGGUGAAGCUGCAGCACCUGGCCGCGCACGCCGAGGUGUGCGCCUUCUCCCCGGCCAAGUGCCGCAACAAAGGCUGCGACGCGGUGCUCAGCCUGCGGGACGUGGACGCUCACAUGCGGGACGCGUGCGACUUCAGGGCGGCGGGGGUCUGCGCGGGCGGCUGCGGGCUGCCGCUCACGCACCGCGAGCAGAAGCUGAAGAGCCACUGCUGCGUGCGCGCCCUGAAGGCGCACAACGGCGCGCUGCAGUGCAAGCUGCUCAUCCUGGACCGGGAGUUCAAGAAGCACGCGAUCCAAGCCAACAGGAGGGAGAAGGCGCUCCUCGCGCAGCUCUCCUCCGUGCACGGCGAGCUGCAGAUGACCGCGCUCAAGUACCAGAAGAAGUUCACGCAGUACAGCGAGAGGAUCGACUCCCUCACGCAAACCGUGGCCUCCUCCUGCCAGGAUGACAAUGACAGCACUUCAAACGAAGGGAUCUUUGUAUCCAAGAUUGUUGAGAAAGGUCCAGCAGACAAGGAGGGAGGACUUCAAAUUCAUGACAGAGUAAUGAAGGUCAAUGGCAAGGAUCUCUCCAAGGCCACCCACGAGCAGGCAGUGGAGGCGUUCCGCACCGCCAAGGAGCCCAUCAUGGUUCAGGUUCUGCGCCGAGCCCCUCACCCCAAACUGGCCGGCCCUGCCACAGACAUCCAGGUGUCGGACAUUGGCACCCAGACGGACAUCACCCUGCAGCACAUCACGGCCCUCAGCAAGCUGCCUCCCUCCUCACCCCCAAUGACAGAGCUGGAGGAGUACCUGCUGCCGGACGAGCAUCCUCCUGGACAUGCAUACUUUGACCCCAAUGAUUUCCUAGAGGGCAUACAACAGGACAUAGAGCGUGAGGGGCUGGAAUAUGAGGAGGUGGAUCUGUACCGAGCCAACAUCCAAGAUAAACUUGGCCUGACCAUCUGUUAUAGGACUGAUGAUGAAGAUGAAGCUGGGAUUUACAUUAGUGAAAUUGACCCAAACAGCAUCGCUGCAAAGGACGGCAGAAUUAGGGAAGGGGACAAAAUUGUACAGAUAAAUGGGGUUGAGAUCCAAAACCGUGAAGAUGCUGUGGCGCUGCUGACUACUGAGGGCAACCAGAACAUCUCUUUGUUGGUGGCCAGGCCAGAGAUCCAGCUGGACGACAGCUGGAUGGAUGAUGACAGGAACGACUUCCUGGAUGACCUCCACAUGGACAUGCUGGAGCAGCAGCACCAUCAGGCCAUGCAGUUCACUGCCAGCAUGCUGGAGCAGAAGAAGCAUGAGGAGGAUGGAGGCACCACAGACACAGCCACGCUGCUCUCCAACCACCACGAAAAGGACAGCGGAGUCGGUCGCACAGAUGAGAGUACUCGAAACGACGAGAGCUCGGAGCAAGAGAAUCUCGCCGACGAUCAGACCACCACGGCCUCUAACACACUGGGCAGCUGCAGGAAGCUGACCUACAGCCAGGACACCCUCGGCAGCACCGACCUGCCCUUCAGCAGCGAGUCCUUCAUCUCAGCAGACUACACCGACGCUGACUUUCUGGGCAUCCCGGCUGAUGAAUGUGAACGCUUCAGAGAACUGCUGGAGCUGAAGUGUCAGAUGAGGAUCAGUGGAGUGCAGGGCCUGUACGGUCAGGGCGCUAGCGCUGAAGGACAGGCUGAGGAGGGCGUGGAUAAGGAGCUGGAGCUGCUAAACGAGGAGCUGCGCAGCAUUGAGCUGGAGUGCCUGAACAUUGUCCGCGCUCACAAGAUGCAGCAGCUGAGAGAGCAGUGCCGAGAGUCGUGGAUGCUCCACAACAGCGGCUUCCGCAACUACAACACAAGCAUAGAUGCUCGACGCCACGAGCUGUCAGACAUUUCUGAGCUGCCGGAGAAAUCUGAUAAGGACAGCUCCAGUGCCUAUAACACGGGCGAGAGCUGCCGCAGCACUCCUCUCACUCUAGAAUUGUCUCCAGAUAACUCCCUCCAUCGAGGAGCAGAGAACCAGGGCACAGCUGGACCCUCCGGCUCCAGCAGCUCGGUUGGCAAAACACUCAAGCCGCUCUUAUCCCCUGUCCAAGAGGCCUGUAGCCCCAGCAGGAGCAGAGGCUCCUCUAAAGACCCAGAUGGGGCACUGCAGGCUGAUAGCAAGGAAAGGAAGCCGGGAGAGUCCAGUAAAACCGGACGUAGCUUUUCCCAGCCCCAUUCACCUUACAAACACGCUCACAUCCCUGCCCAUGCUCAGCACUAUCAAAGCUACAUGCAGUUGAUCCAGCAGAAGUCAGCUGUGGAGUACGCCCAGAGCCAGAUGAGUUUGGUUAGCAUGUGCCGGGACCCCAUCAGCCUCGGUGACCUGGAGCCCAAGAUGGAGUGGAAGGUUAAGGUCCGCAGCGAUGGCACAAGAUACAUCACAAAGCGGCCGGUUCGGGACAAGCUGCUGAGGGAGCGCGCCCUUCGGAUCCACGAGGAGCGCAGUGGCAUGACCACGGACGACGACGCCAUCAGCGAGCUAAAGAUGGGCCGCUACUGGAGCAAGGAAGAGAGGAAGCAGCACGCAGUGCGAGCCAAAGAGCAGAAGCAGCGCCGUGAGUUCAUGAAGCAAAGCCGAGCCGACUGUCUAAAAGAGCAGAGCAGCACUGAGGACAGAAAGGAGCCGAACAUCAUCGAACUUAGCCACAAAAAAAUGAUGAAAAAGAGGAACAAGAAAAUAUUUGACAAUUGGAUGACUAUCCAAGAACUGCUGACCCAUGGUACCAAAUCACCUGACGGUACGAGGGUUUACAACUCUUUGCUCUCUGUGACCACAGUCUGAGGACAGGUCUCUGAGGGACAGACUGGACGUGGCUGAGGACAGGUCUCUGAGGGACAGACUGGACAUGGCUGAGGAAGACACUCCUGCCUCACUUCAUGACAUGUUAUUGUGUAAAAGAGAAAUAAGGAGCGCUUUUCUGGACGGAUAUUUUCAUGACUUCAGCGAAGGGGUUCAUUAAAAACGGCCUGAGUGGGACUUGUGUGUAUAUUGAUGUUUUUGAAACAUUUUUCAUCAAUCUUUUUUUACCUUUGUGCUUGCUCUUUUGGAUAUUUUAAAAACAGAAAAUUUGACUUUUUUGGAAGGGUUUAGAAAGUGUGUUAAGAACGUGUGCCAUACUUUACCAGCCAGCAUUUACAAUAUUUACAUUACUUCGUUUGUACCAUAUAAUUAUAU